AUGGCGAAGACGAAAGAAAAGGAUCUUGAUAAGAUGCUCCAGGCAGAUCGCAAAAAACGUGCCAAUCAAUCCGGAAAAGGCGCCAAUGGCAAAGGUGUCGUCGCUAUCCCGACGGGACCUCGAGCUGGUAUUCAGAAGAGGAAGAACGUCUCACAACCACCUGCCUCUCUGAACGGAAAAUGGACUCACGAUCUUCAUGCCUCCGUUUCAAACACUCGAGAGCCCAGACCCACCAAAAUCUCCAAGUCAACCGAUGCCACGAAUGGAGCUAAGGCACCCGUUGUGAUCAGCCAGAAGGUUGCCAAAAAGCUGGCUAGCAACCGCCUCUUCGAGGCUUUACACGGUGCAGGUGAUGCUGGGAAGCCAACGGCUAGCGACCUUGGUGUCAACAUCCGUGGUGCUGCCAAACCCAAAAAUAUUAAUGGUGGAAUCACCAUCAAGGGCAGCGCUGGCCCUUUCGCCGUCCAGGGGUCCAACUUCGCUCCUGGCACUACAGCUUCAGACAUUCGCUCGAUUCUGGAGAAGUUUGGACUUUCCCCAAUUAACUGUGGGAUCCUCAGCGCGAGUCCCACAGUUAUUGCGGAAUUCCUCUUCGAAACCCGUGAGGAAGCCGAGAGGUGUGUAGAGAUGUUCAACAACAAGCUAGGAGAUAAUCGGCUCCUCCAUUUCAUGCUAAAGGACACGCCACAACUGCCCAUUCCAACCAAGCCCCGCGGCAACCUCCAGACACAGGCGCAACCGGUCGUCCAACAUAUUCCCACCGGCCCUAAGGGCGGUGCCUCCCAUGUUGUCAUAGAUGGGAAAUAUGGAUUCUCGGCACCCCGAAAUGCGGGGUCCGGCCUAUAUAGCGAUGCGAUGGUUGCCUCCGGGUCAAGGAGGCAGACCAGAGGACGAAAUCAAGGGUCAACACGCUAG